AUGCAUCUGCUGUCGUGCUUCGGCCCCAAGGCGGCAUCCGCUCUCCUCCUGUUUGCAACACAAGCCAUCUCUCAAUCAGUACCUUCGCCUAAUCUCGACCUCAAGUCGCUCGGUGAGGUCACACUUGCCGGCAAUUUCGAUGCCAUUUCGGUUUACACGUCGGUCGGGCAGCAGCAGGGAUAUAAUAACAAUGGCACACAAUCAGUACUGUCACAAUUACCGAACGGCGCAUUCGACGUGCUCUCCUCUACAGAUGCCAGCAUCGAAGCAAUGUGUCCGCUGGUGGUUAAUGAUACACUGAUGGGGAUUGUCGUGGGAGGCAAUUUUACCAGCGUCGGGGGUGUCGCGGCGCGAUCUUUGGCGUUGUUGAACGCCACCACUCUUGAGGUCCGGGCGAUUGGAGGAGUGCAGGGAACGGUAUCGGCGCUCUACUGUGAUCAAGCCAACUCGAUGUUCUACGUUGGUGGUGCAUUCGACGCUGGCAACUCUACAAACGCGAUCGGCUGGGCAGCAGGGAACUGGUCCAGCUUGCCCUUUGCAGGUUUCGAUGGCCCGGUCAGCUCCAUCACCAAAGCUCCCAACGGACACAUUGUCUUCGGAGGCUCGUUCACAGGCUUGGGCAAUGUCACUUUCUCGUCUCUGAACGAUCCCGAGACUCAAGUCAUCAACCUAUCGACCGCCAACAUCUCUGCCCAAGGAAAUACGACGACGGGUAACAACAUUGUCUGUCCAUCGAAUAACUCUAAUUCAGCAUCAGACUUCUUGCUGGCUGACGCUACGCCGGGAAGAUGGCGCGCUGAUUUUGGAUUUGGCUUUGAACCCACCAGGCUCCGACUAUGGCAGACGAGCCAAGCUGGGAGAGGCACAAAGACCUGGCGAUUUACUGCGCACCCGCUCAACGGAAUCCUCAACCUUACCACCACCGAUCGAGCUACAGGAGAUCUCAUCGCCUGCCAAUCAACAUGUCCACUGGCCGAGUAUAACGCGACACAGCCAUAUCAGGACUUCUAUUUCGUCAACCUGGUCGGCAUGAACAGCUUCAGUAUCGACAUCUCGGACUGGUACGGAGAUGGAGCCGGACUCGGUGGCAUCGAGCUAUUCCAAAACGAUAUCUUUUCCUACGCUAUCGAGUCCUUCAAUGAACCCACAUGCCAGGCUGAUGGCCUGGGUUCCACCGCGACUGCGACUGGACCAUGGUACACCACUCCUUCGCUGCAAAGCGUGUCCGAGUACCUCACGGUCGUGGUUGGCCCAGAGGACGUAAACACGGCAAACAUCAUCUUCCAGCCUAAUGUGCAGAAGAGCGGAAACUACUCGAUUAUUGUCUACACGCCAGGUUGUCUGCAGGAUAGCUCUUGCUCCGCACGUGCUAUUGUUAACGUCACUGGCAGUCUGACGCAGGAUGGCAAGCAGACAUUUGGCACCACUCUCUUCCAAACAAAUAACUUUGACAAGUAUGACAUUGUCUUUCAAGGCUAUGUCGACGCCACCACCACAUCUUUCCGACCAUCUGUGACCCUCAGACCAUCGGGGCUGCAACAAGCCCAGUUAGUGGUCGCAUCUCGAGUGAAAUUUGGAUUCACCGGCUCAACUACCGGCGGUCUCAAUGGCUUGUUCGACUAUGACCCCAAAAACACUACCAUCGACUAUGCCACCGCUGACUUCUCAGAAUAUGCCAUUAACAAUGCUGGCACCAUGCUCAAGCCGAAUGCUAACGUGCUGGCCAUGGCAGCCAAAGAUGACACGCUGUACGUAGCUGGCCGCUUCUCGGACGAUGUCUUUGAAAACAUCAUGGGUUUCAGCGACAACAACGCCUCUUCUUUGCCUGGAGGUGGUCUUAAUUCCGCCGUCAGCGACGUCUAUAGCUUGGACGACUUUCUGUACGUUGGAGGCAACUUCAGUAACGUUGCCCGAAACAAUAUGAACGGACUGAGCAAUGUUGCAGCGUACCAAUAUUCAAAGAACACAUGGGUCGCAUUGGGUGCUGGACUGAACGGACCUGUCGAAGCUGUCGAGCCAAUGCAGCUGAAUCUCUCUCAGAGCGGCUCCGAGACCGUGAUCGCCUUCAGCGGCCCAUUCAACCAGAUCCGCAGCUCUGGGUCUACGCCUGCAACCCGAGCAGCGGGACUGGCAAUCUGGGUACCGUCAAGAAGUGCGUGGCUUGCCCACCUGGACGUACCAAAGGAAGCAUUGGCAGGUCAAUUGUUCGCUGCAACAUUCCUCCCGAACAACACCUGGCUGGGAGCCGGCACCCUUGACUCCCUCGGGUUGGCCGUCAGUGGAGCCGCAGGCAUGCGAUCAGAGUCUGGUCAGAUCGUGCUUUCACAGCUUCCUGUUGAUAUCACAUCAAGUGAUGCGCCGCCCAGCACCAAGAAGCGAGCUGUUCAGGUUGUCCAAGACGUGAAUGGGGUGACAACAGGCCUAUACUACACCGAAAACGAUCAGAAUGUGACCAUCAUGGGAGGUCAUUUCGCCGCAACUGCCACGGGUGGUGCUAUCAUUGAGAAUCUUAUGUUCUUGAAUUUCUCCAACAACAACCGAGUGACUGGACCUCCUCCAGGAUUAGACACAAACUCCACCAUUGUGGCGAUGGCCCUCUCAGGAAAUAUUCUCUUCGCCGGUGGCAACGUCUCUGGACAAGUUGGAAACGCCAACGUGGCUGGCUUGGUUCUGUAUGACAUGAGUACUGCAGCAUUUCGAGACGUUCAACCGGCUUCCCUGCGAGGGCCCAACGUGGUUGUCAACGCCAUUGCUCCACAAUCUGGCACAUCCGCCGUCUACGUGGGUGGAGCGUUUUCAGGCACUUCACAGGAUCUGUCGUGCCCGGUUGUGUGCAGCUACGACACUUUGUCGAAUCAGUGGAGCCCAGUCGGCACUGGCUUGGAGGGCACGGUAUCGUCCUUGUUCUGGAGAUCGAACAGGGAACUUCUGGCCGCGGGCGACUUGACAGUCCAGGGCAAUCGAACGUCCCUCGCGACGUACAAUACUAAAAGUCAGACGUGGGAUGUAUUAGCCGUCAGUGGUAUCCCUGGCCCAGUAACUGCUUUUUGCCCCGCCACCGCCGAUGCGAAUACCAUGUGGAUAGCUGGCAGUGCCACCAAUGGCUCGACGUUCUUGGUCGAGAUUGACGGUACGGAUGCGAGGCCUGUCCCGGAUGUCUUCGGCUCGGAUACUACCAUCCGUGGCCUGCAAAUCAUGCCGUUGACCAGGAACCAUCGAUCCACUCCCUACCUCGACAACGACUACACCUUGAUGGUCAGCGGCCAGCUGAACAUCACUGGCUUUGGUAAUGCGGCAGCAGCCCUGUUCAACGGCACCCAUAUGGAACCUUUGAUCUUGGCUUCGACAUCAGACGGAAGUCCAGGCAGCAUCAGCCAAGUCUUCACCUCCAACAACAACGUUCUAAGAGGAAGUGGUGGCGGCCAUUCUCUUGGUAUAGUCAUCCUCGUUGCCCUCUGUGCUGCACUCGGCACACUCUUUCUCAUAAUCUUAAUCGGCAUCAUCCUCAAUCGCAUUCAGCGACGACGCGCGGGAUACAAGACCGUACCCAGCGUCCCGUAUACGGACAAGCAUUCGAACAUCCAUCGGGUACCCCCCGAGGCUCUGCUAGGCGGGCUGAGCUCCAAACAACCUGGUGCACCUACGGUGUAA